AUAGAGAGAUAGAGAGCGAGAGAGUGAGAGGGGAUCACGAGGAGAGACAGAUUUUAUAAAUCGGUAUAUAUGGGGGCAGGCGGCGGUGACGAAGCUCAGCUAAAGAAGCAGAAGCAGCACCAGCCAGAGGAGCUGAGUAGGAAGAUCGUCGUGCUGCGCCGGGGGAGCGAGAGGGGCGCCAGGUCGAGCCUCCUCCCUCUUAAGGGUUAGGUGGUGGUGAAACUGGAGACGGAAUCAUCCAAAGUGGUUUUAAGUGAUCUGUGUAAAGGCGUUUUAUCUGAGUAGUUUGUUCAUUGUUUGUUACUCAGAGAUACAUAUAGUGCAAUGUCAUUGGAGAAUAGAUCUAGUUCGGCUUUGUUCAAAAGGGCCGAGCAACUCAAGAGAUGGGAGCAAUCGGAGACUAAUAAACAGCCACCACAUCCUAGACAGGUUACUAGAAAGAUCAAGUUUUCAGCUGAUUGCGUUUUUCUAGCUGCUUGCGCAGCCGGUGACAAGGAUGAGGUUGUUAGAUUACUUGAAAAAGGAGCAGAUAUCAACACUGGAAAUGUCGAUGGUCUUACCGCAUUGCAUCAGGCCUGUAUCGAUCAAGAUUUGGAUAUGGUUGAAUUCUUGGUGGAACAAGGCGCGGACAUUAACCGAGGUGACAAUGAAGGUUGGACACCUCUGCAUGCAACGGCAUCUUGUGGCUUCAUAUCAAUUGCCAAAUACUUGAUAGAGCAAGGCUGCAACUUGGCGGCUGUAAACAACGAUGGCGAGCUCGCUCUCGAUAUUGCCGAGAGCGAUGAGAUGGAGGAGAUGCUCCAGGAGCACAUUAACAAGGCAGGCAAGGCCUGGAGAUCCGGGGCACCCGGCAAGGACUCGAUGCAUCCGCGCUCCGGAGCCACGGCGCUUCACGUUGCCGCCGCCAAAGGAUAUAGCACCGUCAUGAAUAUUUUGCUGCAAGCACGCUGUGACGUUAAUUCGCGAGACAAUGAUGGAUGGACGCCAUUGCAUGGUGCAGCGCAUUGGGGCCAAAUUGAAGCUUGCAAGCUUCUCGUAGAGAACUACUGUGAUAUGGAUAUUAAAAAUUAUGCUGGCCAGACUGCAUUUGAUAUAGCUGAUCCUGAUAUCGUCAAGGCCUUAGAAGAACUAAAAAAGAAGCAGGAAGUCUUAUUAAAAGACCAUCCACAAAUCAUAAAUAAACAACCAGCGAUACCAAAGAAACGUGUAUCAACGAAUAAGGAGAAUUUAGUUAUUGAUCAAGAAGGAACGGAAACGUAUGAGGAAGAAACGCCAAACAAAGUUAAGAAAGUUGAACUGGAAAUUCAAUCUGAUAAAGAAGAGUCAAGUGUUGGGACGAACAGUGACGUUGAAGAGGGAGGCAAUACCGAUGUGGAAGCGAGCGAUGGUGAGAGUGAAUCUGAGACUAGCUCAGAUACACAUACCUCCACUUGUUCAGAUCAAUCUAAUAAAUCAAAUCGAUCGAACAACUCUACUUGUCUUACCGACGACGAAAAGAAAAAUAGAGUGAAUCGCGAAGAAACGGGAUCACACAGUCCGCAAUCUCCAGAUGCGAACAAAGUUCCUUUUCAGGCACCCACUUUACCUCCUAAGCAACAAACUGAAAGUAUCGAAGAGGGCAAUGUACCUUCAUGGCGACGUUCGGGUUCCUUUAGGAAUCGGGGUCUUGAUAUUGAAACUGCUAAUGCAAUAUCAGCCAAAAUUGAAGAACGUGAGAAACUAGCUGCAAAAUCCCCAACGUCCCCGGUAAAAGUUCCAGAAGAUUCGGAAGUCGUGCUUAGAAGAACUCAUAGCUUCGAAACAGAUGAAAAGAAAAAGGACAUAAAGCUGAAUCUAGACUUGACUCGGGUGCCACAAGGUAAUAGCCUCCAAUCACCAACCAUGACAAAUAAGUCGCUGUCGUCGCCGCCGGUAACGACGAAUCUCACUUCUAACACCGUCACCAGCCCUACACCGACAAGUCAAAUUCGCAGCAUAUCGAGCCCGGCCCAAGUUUCGCCAACAACUAUCUCUACGUCGAACAAUUCGACAACAGCGCCUGCGACUCCUACCACACCCGGUGGGAGCAAACUAAGUCCAGGAAAUAUCUUCAAAAAUUUCUUCAAAUCGUUCGUGCCGCCAGUACGCGACGAGGAGAGCGAGACCCAGCGUAAGGCCCACGCGAAGCGCGUGCGGGAGACGCGGCGCUCGACGCAGGGCGUCACCCUCGACGAGAUCAAGAGCGCCGAGCAGCUUGUGAAGAAGAAGCAACAGCUCAACAACGACGUUGGGCUGCAGUCGGGUGCGGCCACUAGCACCGAUACCGCGACCACGACGACCCUCACCACCAGUAGCUCAACGGCUGUAAACCAGUCCGUAGCUCCUGGUGCAAGUGUGACGACAACGGCCUCGAUCACGGCCACAAUAACGACAGCGAGCCCGACGACAGUGGGCCUGAACAAGCAGUCGUCGCAACAGCAGCAACAGCAACAGCAGCAGCAGCAGCAACAACAACAACAACAACAACAACAGCAGCAGCAGCAGCAACAGCAGCAGUCGGCGUUGUCGUCGAGCGCGGAGGUCGAGACGAGCUUGCCGGAGCGCCGGCCAUCCUGGAGGCUCAAGGUCGACGCCGGGAGUAAGUUCCAGCUAGAGGACGCGAACAACAGAUCGAGCGUCGGGGACACGACGACGGCAUACAUAAGGCGACCCUCCACCGGCACGAACAUACCUCGCCCGAGUUCGGCGCCCGUCGAUACCAUAUCCUCCAACACCGCCGAGACGACGGUCACUCUACCCCUUAGGAGACCGGUCAAGCCGCCCGAGGACAAAGAACAAGAUAAAGAAAACGAUAGCCGAAAUGCACAAGCGACGCAGGCUGUUAUCCAAAGGAGGCGGAGACCAAAAAGAAGAUCCACUGGUGUUGUACAUGUCGACAUGGACGAAAUCGAUCCGGAAAAGCAGGACGUGUCAGCAAGUGGCGAUUGUGAGGAAACUAAGAACAAUCAUAAUGAGGAAGAGUUCCAAAGAGAAAAGAACUUUAUGCAUUUGUAG